AUGGCCGACCGAGGAUAUUCCACCCUGACCAAGCUAGGCUUGGGCGCCCUGACCUUCAACUCGGCACUCGCCAUCUACAACUCCUGGGGCGACGCCGGCUCCGUGGCGUUCAUGCUCGCCGCGGACGCCGCGCUCGUGCUGCUCUUCCUCUGCCUCCGUGAGUUUGAGCGGGGCGGCAGGGGCAGGGAUGCCAAGAUCAAGGCCGCCGUGUGGGCGCUCACCACGCUGCUCACGGCCAUGUUCGCCUCGAGGGUGGCGCCGCUCAUGCCGCCGCCGGUGGCCGCGGUGGUCUGGCUCUUGGCCGUCGCCACGGCCGCAGGAGGGUUCUGGGCGUUUUUCCUUAAUUGA